UACGUGCUUUUGGGUAAACACGUCAUUCUCUGUUUCCUCUCCGUUCUCUCUGUUUCCUCUCAGGUAACGUGCAGUUCUAACACUAUAUCUCGGUAUUACUGCUGUCAUGUAUAGGCACGUAAGAAUCCUUUCAGCUCUUUUGUGUUUGCUGUUAUUUUACCAAAUUGUGAAUUCCAAGGAUUGUCCAGUAGGUCAGAAGUAUGAUAUGAACAGAAAAACUUGUGUGAACUGUCUAUACAAGCAAUACAAAGAUAGCCCGAAAGGUUCUCACUGUAUUCCAUGCAGCUCAUGUAAAACAGGUAGUACUGAAACCUUGCCAUGCACGCGAACCAGUGACACUGUCUGCCGCUGUAAAGAAGGCUUUAAGCCCAAAUAUAAGAAUAAACAAACACUUUGUUAUUGUGAAGAGGGGUCUGAAAUAGAUUAUACAGGAUCAUGCACCAAAUGUAAAAAAGGAUUUUUCUCGGACCAAAGAAACUCGAAAGAGUGUCGAAAAUGGAGAGAAUGUAUGUAUGGCAUUAAGUCUCCAGGAAACAACACUUCUGAUGUUGUUUGUUACAAUUCUUUGGAAAACAAAACCGAACAUAGAACAGAAGCUCCAAUUGUUCAAACCACCUUGCAUCGGAUCCUCACAGUUCAAACCACCUUGGAUCACACUUCCACAACAAAGUCUUCUAUUGCGACAACAUAUAAGAGGACUACAGCAUCCACCCCCAAAAACAGAGACCAUUUCAACAUCUUGUGGCUGGUCAUGCUAUGUUGUAUUCUUCUGCUGAUGGGACUAUUGUACCAUAAGUGUAAAAUCACCCGCUGCUUUAAAAACAACAGAAAAGAGGAUUCACGAAAAGACAGCACAUACAGCAAGCCUGUUGAAGAAUCUGGGGGGAAGAGUCCUCAACUGUACAGAUCAAUGGUAUUUCCUUAGUCAUGCGGGAAUACACAUGCUGAUAAAACAUAUACCUUUGGAUAAUAGCAUCUGCCAAAUUCAUACAUUUAAACGUACAUGUGUCUAUCUGUGAUUGUCUAACACAGUUAUUCACAGCGUUAUUGUUUCUUUUUGUGGAAUACUUAGCUGUUAGCAAUAGUAGUUGUUAUAUAACUUGUUGAAUUGCUGUGAACAUCAUGGCUAGAUCCCACUUAUAUUAUAAUCUAAGCAUAUUGUAAUUGCCUUGUUUGCUUAUGUUUAUAGAAAUAUUUCAAUGUUUAGUUUUUUAUUGUUGUAUUAUUAGCUUUAUAUAUAUUUUGUAUAGAUUGGUUCAGAUAGUACAUAUAGGCUGCUUUCACACGGCAAAAAUUGGGGAGUGACAACCGUAUUUAACCGUAUAAUGUCCAGUUUACACGGCAAAGAGUACUUUCUGUAUGAACAAUCAACCGACCUCAAACCCUGUAACCAUAGUGAUAGAAACUUUAUUUAUGUGAUUUACAAAAACAGCAGAAAUGUAUGACAUUUCCCAUUGUAAUUGUAAGGGUGAUUCCAUAUUUAAAGAUGAAAAUUGCGCAAAUAAAAAACAGCUUGCACGCAAUGGAAACACGGUAAUUUCACAUAAACGCCCAUAUGUCGCAAAAAAGUUUACGCUCGAGUGAGGUGGUUUUUAAAGCAAAUCGAAAAAGAAAUAUAUCGCACAACUGCGAUGAAAACGAUCAUUCCUUAAAGGGACAAUAAGUAGGAUUUACCCCCAUCUAGUGGUGAAAUUGUAUUUUGCAUUCAAACGAAUAGUGCUCUCUAGCGCCUCGCUUUUCCAAAUGCGUGUUGCAAUUACAGUAGCCGUUAUGUAAUCACUGAUCUCCUUGUCCGUUUCAGCUAUUUCAGGUGUUUUGAAUGAAAACGCGUUGGUAGGCUAGUGCUUUUUGUCCCUCUCCGCUAUUAUAGUUUAUCAGUAUGGCGGAACGACAUGGAGGCCCCCUUACUGUCCUUUUAAAUAUUGCGCGGUAUGUUUGGUUGGAGGACAAGAUAGAAGGGGUGUGUUCGACUGGGAGUCACAAGAACCGACAAGCGCAUGACAAUAGUUUUUUUUUUGGUCGACAUUAAGAAGUUUAAUAAAUUAAACUUAAUACACUUUUGUGCAAAUUUUUAAUGAAAAUUAUCAACUGUAAGAUCAACUGUGCAUAACCUUAUAGACAAUGUUGGGGGUAACGCAUUACAAGUAACGUGCAUUACGUAAUAAUAUUACUUUUCUGAAGUAACGAGUAAAGUAACGCAUUACUUUAUAAAUGAGUUAUUUUUUUAAAAGUAAUGCGAGUUACUUUUCGGUUUAAUUAUUUUGAUUUUAAAAAAUCAUUGAAUUAAACUGAACGUAGUCACGUAGAAUUCCGCAUUCUAUGCGUGCGCGCCUGAGCGGGAAUAAGUAUUACUUUUUCAUGAAAAGUUACUAAGUAACGCAAUUAAUUACUUUUUUGGGGAGUAACAAUAUUGUAAUGCAUUACUUUUAAAAGUAACUUUCCCCAACACUGCUUACGGUGCAAUCCUGCUGCACAAUUUGCAGUCAUUUUCAUGCAUUGUACCCUAACAUGACAAAGAGCAACGAGUGACAUGACAGACAACCAGUUAUCCAGUACGGUUCUGUUCACACAGCAGGGGCCUCAUUUAUAAAGCAUGCGUACGCACAGAUUUGAUCGUAAAGUAUGCGUACGCAAAAAUCCACGGCAAAGUCAAUAUUAUAAAAACUGUCUUUGACGUGGAAAUGUGCUUAACGCCAUGUCAGGGUCUGAGCAGACGUACGCACUUUUGCUUGUCCAAUUGCUGCAGGUUUUUGGCAAUAUAAGCCAUUCUUGCUGCUCGAAAUUGGGUUUAAACAUUGACAAGCGCUCUUUUAUAUGUCUAUGACAUUAAUUAGACAUUGUUUAAAGGCGGAGAUCUGAAACUGCUCAGCUGCGCACAAGUUCAAGAUCAUUUGCGAUUUAUAAAUUUAAAGAAAGGGGUACGUGCAUUUUGUGUGCGUAAGUUCGGUUUAGGAAUCACACGUACGCAUUUUUGAUAAAUGAUCGUAAGAUCAAAUGUAGGAUGGUUUCUACGCAGCAUUUUAUAAAAGAGGCCCCAGGGCUUCUCCGUAAAUGUGGUUGUGAGACCCGAAAAAAAACUCGUAAAUAACCAAACUGCAUGUGAACACAAAUGUAUUAAGGACUAAAACAUUGGUUUGACAACCAUAUUCUGGUGCCGUGUGAAUGUAGCCAUAGUCAUUGUAGCUUUUAUAGGGCUGUUUAAAGAUCCAUUUGAGUUCAGAUGGCUGAAGAAUAAUUUGAAGCCAUGAACUGAUUACCAUUCCUUUCUUUGGAAUUCGAUUGGUAAAUGCGAAAUUUACCACAUUGCUGAACUGACACUGCAGUCGACACUUUACAGUAUAUAGGCUGCUAAGAUGACGUCACAGUUUCCUUCCCACUGCACGGCUGUUGACUACAGAGAUAUUCGGUCGUGACUCAUGCAUUCCUGAAAAACACAUGAAUUUGCCAUAUUUAGGUGGGCUAAGGACAACUUCUGAGAAUCUUUCCUG